UGCUGACGUCACUCGUACGUGCCUCCCUCCGCUGUGGGAUCACAGCUGCUCGUCGGUGCUUCAGGUCUGCGGAGGUGCGCGCGCACCGUGCUGGUCAGUCAGUCGGAGCAGCUUGUGUCUCGGCCGCGGUUCUCUGCUGUGGUUCUGGUUCUGCUGGUUCUGUUGGACUCCCUCUCCUCCCUGAGCCGCAGGGGAUGAGGGGAUGAUCGGCCGCGUCUCCUCUCACUCCCCGCCUCCUCCUCCUCCUCCUCCGAUCGGCUCCGUCUCGGCUUGGCCAGGAUGCGGGCUGCGGUGUUUGCGGCCCUGCUAGCCGUGGGCACCUGCCUUCCAGCAGGGUCGGACCUGUGCCCCCGCAGUUUGGACUGUGCUCGCGCCGGGCGCCACUUCUGCCAGCCUGGGAGCUCCCGCUGUGGCCCCUGCCUGCGCCCCCUGGUGGAAGACUCCUACGGUCGCUGCAUUGUCAGGAGGAGACAUGGUCAUCCAUCUGGUAAAGGGACUUCUUACCCUGAGCUCGAUGAGGAGAUUGACUUCCUGUCUGCCAUCAUCAGCGAGCAGGGGACCGAAUCUCUGGUUUCAGCAGCCACAGUCUCCCAGCCUCAGGACGUCAGACCAGAUGCCAAUCAAACUGCAGAGGUGCCCACCAGCCAAGGUCACCUGUCAAGCAGUUGGGCUCCACCCACCACCACAAACCACACCUCCAUUCCUCCCAGAGAUCCCAUCAUCCUCCCCUACCCUUCCAGUGACCGUGUGUUUGUCAUCAUCAGCAGCGUCUUCAUUGCGGCCGGGGGGCUGGUGUUACUCGUAGCGGGGGCCUGCUGGCUCAGAUUACAGAAAGGCCUGCGUCUCACUCAGAAGGUGGACUAUCCCGCUUACGGACUGAUGAGAGCCCAGAACAUCUGCAGCUUUCCUGGGGAUAAGAAGCUGGCCCACAACGCUCAGAUGUACCACUACCAGCACCAGAAGCAGCAGAUGCUCUCCAUGGAGAGGCACAGGGACGAGCCCAAAGUUCCCGACUCAGGAGCCUCCACAGAUGAGGAGAACGAGGACGGAGACUUCACCGUGUACGAGUGUCCAGGACUGGCGCCCACGGGGGAGAUGGAGGUGAAGAACCCCCUUUUUGACGACUCCACCCUUUACCUGCAGAGGCUCCACCAGUGAAUCUGGAGUCUCGGAUGUUGGAAUGUAGCGCUGUUGUGUUCUCUGGCCGAACGGACAUGCAUGCACACACUCCUCACACGCUGCUGAGCGCCGCCGCGCCCCCGUGGUCAGAGACGCCGAACAGACUGAAGAUUCCUCCAGGUUCCUCUUCAGUGUUUGAAUGUUUGGCGAGUUCCUCCUGUAGACUCUGGCUCCCCUGCAGCGUUUGACAGAAGGAGCAGGUGUGGGCGGAGUCUCCUCCCUGCAGCGUAUGUCCGUUUGUGAUGUAGCCUCGUGUCCUCCGUCCUGCUCCUCUAUGCAUGGUUAGAUGGCGCUGUGUAAGAAACUGGAGUAUGCAUUUCCUGUUUGAACCUCAGACUUGCUGCAGAUUUAUAUAAACCUGUAUAGAUAUAUGUACACAGAUAUAUUUGAAAUGUUGUUUUUACGCACUACAGGUCAGAUCCACUUUAGAUUUCUGCAGCUGGGGUCACGUCUCCAUCUUCUUUCCAUCUAAUGGGGGGGGGGUGCCUCAGGGGGAGGGACUUUUGCCAGGUGAUGCCUCAGGGGGAGGGGCUAAAUGGCUUUUGCCCAGCUGGAGCAGAGUGCAUCCUAUCAUGCGGUGCACGUGUGGCCCCACGGAGGCUGUUCAGGUCCGACUCCUCAAGCGCCUCACGGGCACUCUCUGCUUGCCCCCCCUGAAGGUCUUGCCCCCUCCCCCUGACGCGGGCUGUUUUUGGGAUGUCCUGUCGGGAAAGCCCCUACUGCUCCCUCCACAGCUGUCCUAAAGAAAAUAAAUUGUUCUCCUUUCUCGGAUGGAUUUAGGCGGCGCCAAAAGCUCACUCAACCCCCCCGGAUGCUGUUCCCCGUCUGAGGGUCAUCCAGGGGGCGGAGCCUGAAAACACAGAACGUGUUCAGCUGCACAUCAGUGUUCCAGCGUUAGCUUGCAUGAGAAAACCACAGCAAAGACAGAAAAAUAAACAUUUGUCUGACCUGAAGUGUGAGGCUGGUCUCUUCCUUCUCCUUUUUAUUUCUGAUUCUUCUGGAAGCUUUUGAAACUAAAUCUUCUUUAAAACUGUAACAAAGAGUUCUGAGGCUUUUAAGUCAUUAUUUCUGACCUCCAGCGUUGUGUAUUUGCUUUUAUUCUGAAAAUCAAGAGAAUAAAAAUGUUGACCACUUA